CUCCCGCUUUCACUUCCAGCCUAGAGCGAGUCAAUUUAUGGAAAGACAAGUCGACCUCUUAAUGGUUCCCAUCAAAACCACUAAAAACAUCAUCAGACCAUCCGACUUCCGCGAGGAUUCCUGUGGCGGACGCAUGCAGCCUUCUCCCAGCUGACAGACUCUGACCAAAACAAACACGCCGAGAGACAUUUUGGGAGUUUGACCGAGCUCUUCGCUUCCCCCGAGAGAAGACAAGUUCGGUUUUGCUCAAGUUUUUCAACAUUUCAAGAGUUUGCUUCUUCCUCAUCCAGGAUACUUUUGGAGAAGGCGGCAGAAGUGGCCUGGCUCCUGAAUAGCACCGGUCCGCUCUGCCUCUUUAUUUACUCUUAGUUUCUUUUCUUUUUCCCGUUUUUAUCCAAGCAAGUUUGGUGGUUCAUGUUCACAAAUGUUAGCGGUCGGGCAGAUGGAGGCUAACCGGCAGAGUGCAUUCGUCCUGGGCAGCACCCCGCUGGCGGCUUUACACAACAUGACCGAGAUGAAGACGUCUCUGUUCCCGUAUGCGCUGCAGCAGAGCCCGGCGGGCUUCAAGGCGCCCCCGCUCUCCAAUCUCAACUCCCAGAUAUCCAUGGGGACCCCGCACGGAAUAAGCGACAUCCUGGGGAGACCCAUCACCACGGCCGGACAGCUGCUCUCCGGGUUCCCUCGGAUAAACGGUCUGGCUACCACCGCAGCCGCCGCAGCAGCGGGGAUGUACUUCAGCCCGGCGGUGUCGCGGUACCCGAAGCCCUUAGCCGAGCUGCCGGGAAGGGCGCCCAUCUUCUGGCCCGGAGUGAUGCAGGGUUCACCCUGGAGGGACCCGCGUGUUCCCUGUCCUACUCAAGCGAACAUGAUGAUGGACAAGGACGGCAAGAAGAAACACUCCAGACCGACUUUUUCAGGACAGCAAAUUUUUGCACUGGAAAAAACUUUCGAGCAGACGAAGUACCUGGCCGGGCCAGAGAGAGCCCGCCUGGCUUACUCUUUAGGAAUGACGGAGAGCCAAGUCAAGGUUUGGUUUCAGAACAGAAGAACCAAAUGGCGGAAGAGACACGCAGCAGAAAUGGCCACGGCCAAGAAAAAGCACGACUCGGAGACCGAGAAGAUGAAGGAGAGCUCGGAUAACGAGGAGGACGACGAGUACAACAAACCUCUGGACCCAAAUUCAGACGACGAGAAAAUCACGAGACUGUUGAAAAAGCACAAGGCCACCAACCUGGCGCUGAUCAGCCCCUGCAGUAACAGCUCGGACACCUUGUGAUGCCCACA